CCUUAUCUUUCCGCCAAAAGGUCUUGGCAUUCGCAAGGCGCUGAUGGACUGACCAUCAUGUCAACCCGCACAGGACAACGCCGUCCAGAUAUAGCCCCAGACCUUGUUGUACAAAAAGGCUGAGAAGGUCUCAAAGCUUCCUCCGUCGAAGUUCUACAACACGAACUUACAGGUUGGCGAAAAAAAGUUGUUGUGCAAAGCCAUCACCACCCGAUUUCCCACCACCCACUGGCAGCCAUCCGAGCGCAACAAUGGCCGAUAGGAAGCUUCCUUCAGCGCCUCCCAGCUACAAGGCCGCCACUGGCCGGCCUCCAACUCCCCCGGAGAAACAGCGUGACUACCUCAUUGAGCCGAGCGCCCCUCCACUGCCGAACAGACCCGGUCCGCCGCUGCCCAGUCCGCCGCUGCCCAGUAGGCCGUAUGGAAGUUCGUCAACGUUUACCCACCUCGAACUGUCGACGCCGGAUACCGCGGAAGGCUCUUCCGACGACAAGAAGUUGCCUGCCGACGUGGAGUUUCGCUCUGACGGCCGGUUCACGCUCAUUUUGCCUCGACACAAGGACCUCGACGAUGUCCUGCCGGAGUAUUAUGCAACUCUAUUUAAAGAGCAGGAUCCGGCGGUUAUCAAAGCCCAGCAGAAGGUGGAUUGGCGCGUACCGUGCAUGUCAAUCGUCAUCCAGAUCGUCGGGAGUCGAGGUGACGUGCAGCCGUACUUGGCACUUGCGAAAGAGCUGCAAACUUUCGGGCACCGCGUGCGCAUAGCGACGCAUGAUAUCUUCCGCAAACUGAUCCGGGAUAACGGCGUCGAGUUCUUCAACAUCGGCGGUGACUCGGCCGAGCUAAUGGCAUUCAUGGUCGAGAACGGUGGCUUGAUACCUAGCGUCGCUUCGAUCGCGCGGGGGGAUGUGGGAAAAAAGCGAAAGGCGAUAGCAGAGAUUCUGCGUGGAACGUGGAAGAGCUGCGUUGAGAAAGACGACGAGACGGGCGCCCCGUUCCUGGCGGAGUGUAUUAUCGCCAACCCACCAUCGUUUGGGCACAUCCAUUGCGCGGAGAAGCUGGGGAUUCCGCUGCACAUGUCGUUCACCAUGCCGUGGACGCCAACAGGGAGUUUUCCUCACCCACUCACAAAGAUUGACCAUACCGACUCUGUGAGACGGAAAUGGAACAAACUGAGUUAUACGGUGGUGGAGCAGCUGACGUGGUCAGGGCUCGGCGAUUUGAUCAAUGCCUUCAGGAGAGACAUCGGGCUCACGAGGGAGUUGAGCAUGUGGCAGGGGACGGAAUCUCUGAUUGAACUGAAGGUACCCUACACCUACUGUUGGAGUCCGUCGCUUAUUGCGAAGCCGGUGGAUUGGGGAGAUCACAUCGAUAUUACCGGCUUCUACUUCCUUGACCUUGCAUCAAACUAUACACCACCAGAUGACUUGACCGACUUCCUGCGAGCUGGGCCACCGCCAAUUUACAUCGGCUUCGGCAGUAUCACCGGCUACGACCCUACGAAGCUCACGAAAGCCAUUCUCGAAGGUGUGAAGCUCUCAGGUGUCCGCGCCAUCAUUUCUAAAGGCUGGGCCGGUCUUGGCAAGGGUAGCGACGCAACGAGUCAAGACAAGCAAACAUUCUUUAUAGGAGACUGCCCCCACGACUGGCUUUUCAAACACGUAUCAGCAGUCUGUCACCACGGCGGGGCAGGCACACUCAGUGCCGGUUUACGUUGUGGAAAACCGACCAUCGUCGUCCCUUUCUUCGGUGACCAGUUCUUCUGGGGCGCCAUGGUACACCGCAUGAAAGCGGGGCCGAAACCCAUUCCCGCGAAACACAUGAACGCAGAGAAACUCGCAGAUGCGAUCCGACAGGCCCUGUCACCGGAGAUGAUCGAGGUGGCUCAAAACAUCGCGUCGCAGAUGCAACAGGAGAACGGCGUGAGAGCAGGGGUGAACGCUCUCCACGCCAGCUUACCGCUCGAAACCAUGCAUAGCGAUUUCAACGACCAGUACGUGGCCGCAUACGCGAUUUCAUCCGCGAAAUUGCGAAUCUCGAAACCCGUUGCGCAGGUGCUUGCAUUAGCGGGCGUCAUCACGGAAGCGGAUCUCCGGAUCCAUCAUACGAAGGAAUGGGUAAUACCUGAUGACAAGGAUCGGAUUUUGGGUCAUAGUGCGAUUACGGGUGUUGCGGACGGGUUUGUGUCGUUGUUUUCCGAGACGUCGAGGGGGAUUAAGAGUGCGAAGGGGAAGGAGACGGCUGGGGAUAAAACUCUGGCGGUUACGAAGGGAGUUGGGGUAGGUGUGGGGAAGCUGAUAUUGCUUCCCUUGAAAGGCGGCCUCGAAACCUACCAAGAAGUCUCCGAUGGUCUCUAUCGCGCCCCCGGCCUCUGGGACGCGACGUACAAACCCCGUCAGCAAAAGCACAUCAACGGCGCACUCACAGGCACGCUCGAAGGCAUGAAAACCAUGGGCGCCGGGUUUGCCGACGGGAUCAUCGACCUUGUCCGGAAACCCGUUGAAUUUGGCAAACAGGACGGCGCCCUCGGCGUCGCGAAAGGCGUCAUGGUUGGCGCGACCAACUGCGCGUUUAAGCCGUUUAUGGGUAUGAUUGGCGGGGUCGGGAUGGUGGGUAAGGGAUUGUACCGGGAAGCGACAAAGGGAAAAAGUAGCAGUAAAGUCACGCAGGCGAUAACGAAUGGGGAGGAGGGCGAGGCGGUUGCGACGGGGGAUUGGAGAGUGGAUGCGGCGUCCAUGACUGGGUUUGAUGCGAUGGUGUGUGAGCAGAUUGUGAGGGAGUUUGAGGCGAGGGUUGUUAGGAAGGAGGGGAAGUUAAAGAGGAGGAAGACCAAGUAGACGUAGACUUAAAAGUAUAUAUAUACUUCAUUUUGCAGGAGGUAAUAUGAAUUGACA